GGCUCCGUAGUUGACGACGACUCUUUCAGCAUUUAGUCUACUUUUCAUUCCUUCCCCUGUGCCAUGAAUGGUGAAAAAGAGAUCAGGCCCGUUUUAAAUGUGCGCACCUACUCACUAGAAAAGUAUCAAAUGCUCCGAUUCGAGGUAUCCACACUGUCCAGUGUUGUGUUGGUAUCGGGAACGGCGGAAAUUUAUGGCACCGAGCUAGUUUGCGGUUCCGAAUUACCGCUUACCUCCGGUCAACGCGGUACAAUUGUGACUUUCCACGGCUGCAAAAUCGCCGUUCAUGGUAGCGGCAUCACCACAUUCUUGAUAAGCGCUGCUGAGGAUCAGGAGAUUGUUCACGUUUACAUGAAUAUCCACGGCAGUUUGGAGGUUCUCCGGCAGAAAGCGAUCAAAGAACAAAGCAGAGGCCCUCGUGUACUCGUGUGUGGCCAUGAAAGCGUUGGAAAGUCAACUUUGUGCCGCACCUUUGCGAGCUAUGCGGCUCGCCGUAAACACAAACCCAUACUUGUGGAUGUAAAUGUGGGUCUCAACCAGGUUUGUAUUCCAACAACAAUAGCCGCUGUUGCCAUCUCAAAACCUUACGAUCUCAUGGAAGGUUGGGGACUGGAAGAGGACCCAGUGGUGUUUUGUUUUGGUCACGUCGAUCCUGCUGGAAAUCUCAAUUUGUACAGGGAACAAGUAAAUCGCUUGGCAGAGUUGGUAAAUAUACGUUCGGAGAACGACUCCAAAAUAUUCACCAGCGGCUGCAUUAUCAACAUGAGUGGAUUUCGGCAGGAUGAUUCAGACGGUGGUGAGAGCAAGGCGAAGGGGAUACAGGCUAUUCGCGCCACAGCAGCUGCAUUUGAGGUGAGUCAGUAA